AUGAGUGGCCGGUACCUUAUUCUAUUGCUCAUCAAGACUGGUGGACUCUAUCUCCUCGGUAACAGCUUGAAUCAGGCCCAACGGGCCUUGGACGCCGUGCAUAGACGAAUGAGAAGUGACAUGACGCUUCGCAGCCACUACACUGCUUUUAUGUCCAAGUAUCUCACGCUGGGACAAAUGCGUUCUAUUGCACCAGAGAAAAUUAAGACUUGCUAUCGUCAGAUCAAUUGCAUACCUCAUCACGUCAUUUGGCAAGGAAGUGACAGUGGAAAGCGACUGAGCGUAGUGUUGAAUGCGUCAACCCUGACUUUAACAGGCAACAGUUUAAAUGACGCUCUUUACUCUGGCCCCAAGUUGCAAAAUGAUAUUUCAAGCGUUAUCACCCGAUGGAGAUGA